CAUCGCCAUCGUCUCUUGGUGCGCGUGCGAAAUGCGCCUCGCAUUUUAGUGUUGAGCUUGGAAGGAAAAGUUCCAGAUGGUUUGACGUUCGCGCUGCGUGUUGUUGUUCGCGUCCUCCGUCCGCUCGCUGGUUCGAUCGCUGUUGCGUCCGGAGCGAUAUCACUGAAGAGGUAAAAGGAAGCGCCAUUGCGCUCGGGUCACACUCUGUGCCUGAACACCCUCGCGUGUGCGUGUGCUGCCGUAUCCCGGUCACGGGUCCAAUAUGACCGAUCAUUGCUGCUGCCGCUGUGGCUAGGGAUGCUGCCGUGGUCAAGUGUAGUGCUGUGUAGGCGCAUCGCAACCUAGCGACAAACAAGCAGGGAGGGGAAAGCGAGCAGCGAGGAAGGGGCAGUAGAGCAUUGCCCAGUAAAACCAAAGUGCGUUCCGGUCGCUCGGUGUGCCUCUGUGCGAAGCGGAGAACCGUUAGUUGUGAAGAAGAGUGAAGAUCUCUGUGCCGUGUUGGUGGUGUCGUUGUGUAUGUGUGUGUAGGUGUGUGUGUGUUUGUGUGCGCGGUGUGUGUGUGUGCUCGUUUUCUCGUCUCCGAUUUUCCCUCGCGAUUAAUGUGCGCGCGUGUUGCUGGCAAACCAACGACGAACACACCAACAACCAGCAUCACGACACACGGGCAACAGCUGGAGCUGAGCGAAGAUAUACAUCAUAAACAUAAAGAAGAAGAGCAAAAGGAGAGAAAAAAAAACAGACGGAAAAUGAUCUUCCUCCCGCGGGCGACAACGUCGUCCCUGCUGCAGUGGUGGUGUAUUUUUAUACUCUACUACACACAGCGCAUCGAUUGUGCAUCGUUCUUCUCAAGUGCCGAACCGACGGGUGCGGGUCUACCAUCGCUGUGCGGGGAGAGCGGCGAGACGAGCGAACAGCAGUACGUCAGCGAUAAGGGUGCCGCGUCCAGCCUGCUGCUAGCCCUGCGCCCCGAGCAUGGCAAGGCGUCGUCAUCGUCGGCCACUUCCUGCAAGCGCCAGUUCCGGGCCCCCGACGCGUACAACUUCUUCGUGCGCAUGCAGCGCGUACCGGGGCAGGGGCCCCGCAGCACGGCCAGCAGAAAGUACAACGGCAACAAGUCCAGCAACAGCACGCAUAGCUGCCCGCUCACCAUCUCGCAAUCGGCCAACGGUGAGGUGUUGCCCUCGUGGCGCCUGGAUCCCUGCCUGCUGGAGACGGCUGCCACGCAGGAAGAACCGAUGCGGCUGCUGCAGGGCAAGCUGAACAUAGUCUGGAACCACGACGGCAAUGCGCCCAACUAUCGCCUCCAGAUCACGGUCGUCGGGCAGGGUGCGGUUUGCCUCGAGCGGGACAAGCACUCCUGUCUGGAGUACGUCGGCAUGCCGCUGCUGUGCAUUGCCCGGGAGCUGGUGUGUGACGGGCUGCCCAACUGUCCACCGAUCGGUAGCGAGGUCAGCGACGAGAACGAGGCGAUGUGUGUCAAACAUCGACAGCAGGAAUAUUCGGAAAAUCCUGUCCAAUCCGUGUUUCGGCAGUACAUCCAAAACACGAUCAAGUCAUUCUUCGGCGGCGAACCAAAAGAGCUACCGUCGAAAGGGGCAGCCUUCGGCGAGGUGGACAUUGCGCUCGAGCAAAAGUUUGGUGCCACGUACCCGCCGGCAGUGCCCGUUUCCCCGGUGCCGCCGGUGACCGAGCCGGCGGUGGUGCCGCCCAAAAAGCACCACAGCCGCAUGACCGGCCUGUCAAAAUAUGGCCCGUGGGGUUAUCUGUUUCUCGGCAUGCUCAUAUGCGGUGGCGCGCUACUAAUUUGCGGUCUCUGGGAAUGCUGCUGCCGAUCUCACAAGCCCGAGCACAGCCCGGACGAUUCGCUUCCCGAUCAGGUGCCCUCGUUUCUGCAAACCUCGUCCCCGGCGGACGGCGGUACGCCCGGACGCCAUGGAAUGACCGGCGGCGACGGUGGUACCUCACCCGCCAGCCACAAUCUACCUCAGUACGGCGAGCUGGACCCACCGCCCGCCUACUCGGUGCUGUUUCCCACCCAGAAACCGUCCGACGGUAGCGACGGUCUGCCGGUAGUGACGAUUACCACCACCGAGCCAGCCGCACAAACCAAUAGUCCUAGCAUUAGCAACGGUAGCAAUAGCAAUAGCCACAUUACUAGCAUUGCGGAACAGUCGCCGAUGGCAGAAAGAGGCGGAGGAAGAGGAGAAGGAAGAGGGGAGGCGUUGGUGGUUGCCUCCGACACUUCCCCGACGCUCCCCGUUUCGCCGUCUGCCCCUUCCUUAGUCGUUUAGUAGUAGUUAAGGCAUAACCAAUGAAUAGUUGAGAAGGGCAUGGUAAAUUGUGUAAAGAGCUACGGCAGCGAGAUAUUAAGUAAGAGCGUGCUUUUGUGUUAGUGAGGACAUUUGGAGAGAUUUCGAGACCGAAGGAGAGAAAGAUUAUCUUAAUCCGGCAGUAUUUUGCGUGGCAUGCGUCGUCCGUGUGUAUAAGCUUGCGAGGAUAGGUUUUCUUUCUCCGUUUCUUUUUUUUAAUUCAUUUUGCCUCAUUAAGCUACAGACAAGAAGAACAAAAAAACAAACUCACGCACAAACACAGAAUCAUUUUUAGACAGUAAGCAGAAUGUUGUCCGAUGAAAGGCUGAACCAACUUCUUCCUGAACUAAUUUUUUUACUACCAAAAACGUAACAAUGAAAGACAAGCAGGAAAACGUGGUUGACUAAAUGUGUGUACGUGUGUGCAUAGUUGUAUUGUUGCCGCAGGUACAGUGCGCGCUACAAGGCAGCAAACGAGCAACACAUUGCGGAUGGGGCGUGCGCGUUCGUUCGUGCUGUGAAUUGCGGUUGAGAAUGGAAUUGGGACCAAAACGACGAAACAUGUUAGUGAAACCAAAUCGAUAUAUCUAUACAUUAAUCACAACAACAAAAAA